GAGAGGACAAAUUGGUGUUUUGGUUUACUGCAGCCUGGUAUCACAGUGAGCUGUUUCAGAUGGAGAAUUGUAUUCCUUGACGGUCUCUGUCAGCAUUAGUUUUGGAAUGUCAGGGAAGGUCACUGAACUUACAGGUGGAUAAAGACAUCACGCACGGUUUCAUAUUUUCCACUCUAAGGCUUACGAAUGUCCCUAACACUGACAGCCAUGAGUGACAACGCAGUGACCAGCAGCCAGCAGCAGCGGUUGGGGUCUGGAGAGGUGCAGCGUCAUUCUCAGGGACCCUAUAUCUCGGUCAUCACCAACAGGACCACCAACCUGUUGAUUCGAGGGGGCAUGCUGUUCUCUGUGGGCGUCUUCCUUGCCCUGGUGCUUAACUUACUUCAGGUGCAGAGACACGUCACCCUCUUUCCCCCUGAUGUCAUCAGCAGUAUCUUCUCCUCGGCCUGGUGGGUGCCGCCCUGCUGUGGCACAGCCUCAGCAAUGAUCGGGUUGUUGUAUCCCUGCAUCGACAGCCGUCUUGGUGAGCCACAUAAGUUCAAACGGGAAUGGUCCAGCGUGAUGCGGUGCGUGGCAGUGUUUGUGGGCAUCAACCAUGCCAGUGCUAAAGUGGACUUUGCUAACAAUGUCCAGUUGUCUCUGACUCUGGCGGCGCUCUCCAUUGGUCUGUGGUGGACAUUUGACCGUUCCCGCAGUGGCUUUGGCCUGGGAGUCAGCAUCGCUUUGCUGGCAACACUGGCUACACAGCUCCUGGUUUACAAUGAAGUCUUUCAGUACACUUCUCCAGAUUUCCUGUAUAUUCGCUCGUGGUUACCCUGCAUCUUCUUCGCAGGGGUUAUAACUAUGGGAAACAUAGGACGGCAGCUAGCCUUGUAUGAAUAUAAAUUCCUUCAGGAGAAGAUCCAUCAGGACUGAGGGAGGUUUUGGCUUCAUCAGGCCUCUGCUCAAAAUGACUUUGUCUUCGCACCAUUGUGAGGCCAGAGACAGGUUAUCAGAGAACUUUUGCAAGCAGCGUAGACCAGAGUGAGCUGGCCCUGGACAAGCCAUUCGGGUCAUGCUUACUCCUGGGCAAGACAGUAUUUUUGAUUGGCUCCCGUCAGGCCUCGCAAAGAUCAUGGCAGCUGGCGGCUACAUUCCACCCUGAGCAAAGGAGAACAAUGAGAGUAUAUUUUGUCUCUUUUUUUCCUAUGGUGCAGUUUAUCUCUGCAUACCUGGAAAGAGAUUAGUGUCGAAGCAGCUAUCGGUCUUCAAAUCAGCACGGAUGUUUCAAACCUUUGGCUCCAUUGUGCCAAACAUAGUGAAGCAGGAUCAGUUUUUAAGUCUGCUCUUAUCUCCUGAUUUUUUCCACAUCCUUCACGUAUCAGUGGAGAACACACAGCCUAGUUAAUGUAUGUCUACAGAGAUAUGCAUCUAUGUCCCAGACCCUUUAUUGUAUGUAAUUCACUUCUAUCUACUUCUGCAUUUCCUUGACAAAGGAAUGACGAUGGGUACUGUAUGCAAAUCUACCCUGGCUGUGAGGACUCAGGGUGUUCAGUGUUCACCUGUGUGAGGUGUUUCUCUCAGCCACACCAGGCCUGUUUGUCACCAACAUGUACAUUAUCAUUCCAAAGAAUGAAGGGAUAAAUGAAGCUCUAUAGGCUUUAAUUAGAAGUGAAAGUAAUGUUUGGAAGAAGAAAUUGUUUUCAUCCAUAAGUGAACACUUGUUAGUCAGUCAUAUCUUAAUAAAUACUGUUUUUGUUUCUGAAAGCAACACUUGGCCAUUAAUGUCUUUGUAGCCUUUUCAGUUUCUUGCUAAGAAUAAGCAAAACGCAGCAUUUGCUUUCCCCAAAACAGCAGGAAUGCCAAAAUUUUCCAGGCUAUUUUCUUCAUGGAGCUAAAACAUUACAUUGUGUUGGAAGACCUAAAGCAUAAUCUAGUAGAUGGUGGCGAGAGGUCCUUCGAAGUUAACAUGGAAUCAGAUAAAUUCUCUUGGGUGUGUGUGUCAAGAUUAUAUGUAUGAUGCUAUAUAACAAAAUGUAUUAGCUUAAUAUUUAUCGGUAAUGCUCGCUGGCUUAGAGCUUACACCAUAUAAACUGGACAACUAUAGGCAGUUUGUGUUCUGUUUUCCCUGAUAGUGUUGUGAAUCGGAGGUAUUUUUGUCCAUCAGUUAGUCCGUUAGGCUUGUCUCUGGAUUUAUUUUCAUGCACAUUAAUCUACAGUACUGCAUAUUUUCCUUUACUCUGAGGUUAGAUAAUUAACUCUUCGAUGUGUUUGUUCUGAUUGUAAUGCAUACAUGCCUGUAAAUAUGGUGAUUAGCAGUGUUAAAUUCUUGUUGCAUAUAUGCAGCAUGUUUGUUGGAUUGAUGUAUUGAUAAACCACCUUUUAGGAAUUAACAAAUACAAAAAACCCACUUGCAGAAUAUACACAGUGAGCACUUCUGUAUCUGUAAGUGAGCAUAUAAGAAGAUAAUUUAAGCAACAGUUUCUUCAUGAUGAAAUACGAUGUGAUUAGCUACUAUCAAAGCUGUCUAAAUGUUUCCUGAUGUAGGUUAGAUGAUAUGGAAACCAUGAUGGAGAAACCUUUUUAAUACUUUUUUGGAGUGAAAUGUUUUUUAACAGACCUGUAGCAACUGUAACUCUUAUUUUUGUAAAACAUGACAACCAUGUGUUUGCGUUAUGAGUUGUAUUACAGUCAAAAAGGGAUGAACAGUUCUACUCAGGAAAGCAAACUCUUAAAUAUGAACAUGUGUGGUUUUGGUGAAAUAAAGACAGAAUUUUUGGUAA